AUGGCGAUCACACACAGUAACACCGCCAGUGACGUUGUCCUCGCGAAUAAGACAGAGAUGUCUCCCAACACCGAAGUCGUCGAGGACGCCUUGGAGAAGGUCGACACGGUGCAUAAUGAUGAGGCUAUCAAGGUCAUUGCCCAGUACCAUGGCGAAGAAACCUGGACUGCAAAAGAGGAGCAACAGCUACGCAGGAAGAUCAACUGGCGACUCAUGCCCAUUCUGUGUAUCACUUAUGGCCUCCAAUACUACGACAAGUCGAUGUUGGGUCAAGCAGCCAUCUUCGGUCUUGUCGAAGACCUCAACCUCAUAGGCAAACGAUACUCUUGGUCUUCGUCCAUCUUCUACCUCGGUUUCAUCGUAGGAGCUUGGCCAAGUAUGAUCAUCGCCCAACGAUUCCCUGUGGAAAGGGUGGCUUCGGCUCUGAUUGUGGUUUGGGGUGUCUGUCUUGCCUUGACUGUCGUGUGCACCACCUACCAGGGCCUGUAUGCUCAGCGAUUCUUCCUGGGAGCGCUGGAAUCUGGAAUUAGCCCCAUGUUCAUGCUUAUCGUGGGCGCAUGGUACAAGAAGGACGAAGCCGCACUUCGCAUGGGUAUUUGGUACAGUAUGACUGGUUUCUCAGGCUUAGUGUCUCCCCUAAUCAAUUAUGCCCUCGGCCACAUCCGCGGCAGCCUGUCGUCGUGGAAAUAUAUGUACAUCUUCGCUGGCUGCAUUACCGUCCUCUGGGGAGUUUUACUGUACUUCAUCCUCCCUCCGGAUCCUGUGCGCGCGAAGGGUUUUACAGAACGCGAGCGAUACGUUGCGGUGGCACGUUUGCGCACAAACAAUUCCGGUGUGCGAAACACGCACUUCAAAAUGGAACAGGUCAGGGAGGCUCUGCUCGACCUCAAGUUUUGGCUCAUGUUCUCAUUUGCUCUACUAUCCAUGAUCGCCAACGGCCCCAUCUCGAGCUUUUUACCCAUUAUAAUCGACGGCCUGGGCUUCAGCACGCUCGACUCGCUGCUGCUCUUUAUGCCUGCCGGUGUCUACGCCGGCUCCAUGAUGGUCGGCAUGGGCUUUCUGGCGCGCAAAAUUCCACAAUGGAGGAUCUGGCUGGCGUGUAUUUGCCAGGCGAUCACGACCCUCGCUUCGCUUUUGUUGUGGAAGCUCCCCCUGCACCCUGUCGGGGGCAUGUUGUUUGCUUGCUAUAUCCUGCCGUCCAUUGGCGCCAGUUAUGCCGUCAUCAUGGGUCUCCAGGUCGCAAACACUGCGGGCUAUACGAAGCGGUCCGUGGCAUCCGCUGGUCUCUACAUUGGUUAUUGCGUCGGAAACUUCAUUGGUCCUCUGCUCUUCAAGGCAGCCGACGCUCCUCGGUACCCGAAAGCAUGGGCCGUUGUAGUCGCAACCUCCAUCGCGGCCGCUUUUAUUCUGAUAUUCUAUCGCUUCCUCUGCACGCGCGAGAACAAGAAGCGUGAUGCCAUGGGUGCCGAAGCUUUCGAGCACGCUUAUGAGGAUGAUCUCACGGAUGUUACUAACAAGCAAUUCCGCUACGUGUACUGA